GGAGGAACGGUGCAGGCGAGUCUGGAAGCAGCAGACGUAGUAGUGUUGGCCGCGGCAGGGUGCCAGGUAGCGAACAGGUUAGUAGGUCUCAGGACGUGGCUGAGCACGCUGCCGCACCACGCGUCCCGCCCCUGCCCGCCCCGGUGUUACUCUGUGCAGGCACCACACCCUCGGCGGCCCGCGCCUGCCCCACCCUCCUACUAUUCACGCCUCAGCCUGUGCUUCCCUCAGGCUUGUCGAGGCGUCAGGGCGACGAGUCAGAGGCCUCGCCCCACGCCCUCACUCACCCCCGCGCCUACAUGGACACCCAUGAGACAUAAUCUGAGAGGGGAGCCAUUUUAAUAUCGGAAUCCUGUAAAGUAGUUUGGUUGUGUUGGCUCGAUAUCGAAGGAGCCGAGAGGGAGCACAACCCACCCGCCGGCGGGGGAACUUGGCGGGGCAACGCCAGGGUGUUCCCCCUGUCACCAGGGUUUUAUUGCGUUGCCUGCCAUUAUUCCCUUUCAGGAUGACGUUCCUCUUCCUGGAGAAUCUGAAAAGUAACGUGCGUCCUGCAUUCAAUUGUGCAGCGCUACUUAUUUCCAGGAAAUAGUUCUUUGAGGUACUCUGGUGUGUGUGUGUGUGUGUGUGUGUGUGUGUGUGUGUGUCAUCUCCCGCCACCCGCCCUCCCCCUCCCACACACGUCCAGCCGCCCCGCCUCCCCGCCGGCGGCCGCGUGGCCUGAGUAUCCAGGCGGGAGCCACACGGCCGAGGCUCGCGCCGCGGACCGGAGGACACUGAGCGGCUCUCCUGGACACGAGCGUGGUCCAGGCCGCGGCUCAACCACCUGCUGCUGCUGCUGCUGCUGCUGCUGCUGCAGAUCGCCUUUCUCGACAGGAAGCACAACAACAGGUGGACAUGGGUGCACGUGAGAUGUCCCCGCCUCGUGCAGGAAGACACUGAACUGCCUCAUUGGUGCCUGACUCGCGCGCGGUGCCCAGUGCUUCUGACAGUGCCUGAACAACCCAAGUGCCAUGGAAGAGUCCCCGGGGGAGCGCCUCUCUCCGGUCUCGGCCUACCUGAAGAUGGCCGCCCGUGAACCCAUCCGCCGCCACCACUCCCUCAAGUACAUCUUCAAUGGGGAGUCGGUGGGUCAGGGUGCGCGGCCAGGCUCCCGCACCCCGCCCGCCCACUCCGCCCUCCCUCACCUCCUAGGAGACCGCACACGCCACCACUCCCUCACCAGGCUGAAGGAUCUCACCUCCGGCGCCCUCCUCACUAGGACGCGCGAGGUGGCCUUCACGGUGCCGCCCACGGUGUCCCCGCUGUCGCCCCGCCGGGGCCUAGGGGAGUGCUCGCCCCUGACGCCGCGCAGGAUGGGCUCUGGGGACACCACGCCCGUCGGAAGUCAGGCGGGGAGCGAGUAUGGUGGGGACUCGCGCGCCACCACGCCGUCCCCCGGGCCAUUCAGAGGCUCCUUCACCGACCUCUCCGCCAUGACUGGUGCUGCAUCUGGACUGGGUGGCAUCAACCCGGAGCUGUACAAGACAGACGAGCUGGAGGGGGACCUGGACCAGUACCCGGAGGACCACAUAGGUCGCGUGUGGCUGCAGCUGGAGUACCACAGUGACGCAGAGAAGCUCCUCGUCACUCUCAUCAAAGCGAAGAACCUCCCCAGCCGCCUCAUUGGCUCCAUCAACUCCUGCGACCCUUACGUCAGCAUCACUUUCAAGCAGGACCCUGAAAGCCCCUCUUGGAGUCUGGAAGCCGUUGGAGAUGACAGGCGAGAUCUCAGACUCUACCUGAUGCCUGACGAGCGGCGUUACCUGCAGACCAAGAUACGAAAGAAGACUUGCAAUCCACGCUUUGAUGAGACGUUUGGCUUCCAGGUCACCGCCAAGGAGCUGGAGGACCGGGCGCUCAAGCUUACCUUCUAUGACGUGGACAGGGAUAAGAAGCACCAGGUGAUCGGCCACGUCCUGAUCCUCCUCAAGGAGCUGGGGGAGUGGGAGGGGAAGCGGCUGCUGCGGCGCGACCUGGAGCGGGAGGUGAGCCUCAGCCCGCGGGAACUGGGCCAGCUGGAGGUGUCCCUGGGCUACAAUGACAACCUCGAGCGUCUCACUGUAACCGUGGUGACAGCAUGCAGCUCAAGGUGGAGAAGGAACUCAGACAGGAGAAGAAUGAGUUCCAGGUCAGAAUAUCCCUCAUGCACCAGGCCAAGGUGGUGAAGACGAAGAAGACAGCAGUGGUGAAGAGCGGAGACUCGCCAUCCUUCAACGAGAGCUUCCACUUCAAGGUCACCCCGGACGCCCUCGACACCACCUCCGUCAGCAUCGUGGUCACCGUGGGGAAGAAGUCAG